CUCUCUCUCUCCGGUUUCUCCCCUUCCUUCCCUCCCUCCCUCCCCUUCCAGCUCCAACACUCUGCCGUCUCCACUGCCACACUCUCCUCCACUCCUCACGCCAUCCCUCCUUCAAUUCCCAUCAAAGAUCGCCUCGCCGCUCUCGCUUGCGCCGAUUCCUAGCCGGGUGGAACUCCCGCAGCCUCCUUCGCGGCUUUGAUUUCUGUUUCUUGUUGUUUCGGUGAGCUCACAGUUUACAGGACUACAGGAGAGGAGACAUGGGCGUCGGGAGGUCGGUGGAGCGUCGGAAUGAGAAUCCGCGGGGCGAGGAAGGGAGUGGAGGACGGAAUGGUUCGGGCCGGGUGGGCUGCUGGAUCCGCCUCUGCGUCUCGUCUUCCCCCUCCCGCUCCAAGGUCGACACCGCCCUCUCCGGCGCGGCCAGCGCCUUGGCCUCCGAAACCAGGCCAAAGAACGAUGUUAUCCAGGACCAACCUGUUCAACAGAUAGCGCCCUAUUUGACAACGACCAAUAAUGCUGAAAAUGCUUCACCCUCAUCUAUAGUUGCAGAUGGAGUGAAAGUAGCAUUCCAAUUGCGGAAAUUUUCGUUCCAUGAACUUAAGUCUGCCACCAGAAACUUUCGACCCGAGAGUCUUCUUGGGGAGGGAGGGUUUGGCCGUGUCUUUAAAGGAUGGAUUGAAGAGAACGGAACUGCCGCUGUGAGACCUGGCACAGGGUUAACUGUUGCUGUAAAGACGCUAAAUCGCGAUGGGCAGCAGGGGCAUAAAGAGUGGGUGGCAGAAGUCAACUUUCUCGGAAACUUACAGCACCCUAACUUGGUGAAACUGAUCGGCUAUUGUAUCGAGGAUAAUCAGAGACAGUUAGUAUAUGAAUUUAUGCCCCGUGGAAGUUUGGAGCACCAUCUGUUUAGGAAAACGGUGCCACUUCCUUGGUCAACCCGAAUGAAAAUCGCACUCGGCGCAGCAAGGGGCCUUGCCUUUCUCCACGAAGAAGCUGGAAGGCCUGUUAUCUAUCGGGAUUUCAAGACUUCAAAUGUUCUGCUUGAUUCAGACUACAAUGCGAAACUCUCUGAUUUUGGGCUUGCUCGAGAUGGACCCGAGGGUGAUAAGACCCACGUGUCCACACGUGUAAUGGGAACAUACGGCUAUGCUGCACCUGAGUACGUAAUGACAGGCCACUUGACAUCGAAGAGCGAUGUAUACAGCUUCGGGGUUGUGCUUCUGGAGCUCAUGACAGGCAGGCGAUCGAUGGACAAGAACCGGCCAGGUGGGGAACACAACCUGGUGGAAUGGGCUCGCUCCCAUCUCAAACAAAAACAUGGAUUCUGCAAGCUGAUGGAUCCCCAACUUGGUGGAAACAUCUCCAUGAAAGGUGCUCAAAGAGUGACCCAGCUGGCCCGUGUCUGCCUAGCCCGGGAUCCCAAGGCCAGGCCUCUGAUGAGCCAGGUGGUGGAGAUGCUCAAGCCUCUUCCUGACCUCAAUGACAUGGCCUCUUCAUCCAGCUUGUUCCAGUCCUUGCAAGCAGAGCAUGCUGCCAGGCUUGCCUACCCCAGUGGUAGCCAAAGCAUGAAGCCGCAGGGUAGCUUUGCGAGGAGCCCGCAGCAGCCGAUGAGGAGCCUCUCCUAUGGCCCCCAUGGCAAUGCUUCUCCGUACCGCCCCCAUGGCAAUGCUUCGCCGUACCGCCCCCAUGGCAAUGCUUCGCCUUACCGUGCCCAAGGCCAGCAGGCUUCUUCAUCCCGCCCUCAGGCUUCUCUACACCGGCACUCGCCGAGGUCCAAUGCCAAAUAGCGGCAUCCUUGAUCCUAUACAAUUGAAAAUUGGAGCCGGCCGGCGAGGUAAUUUAGUCAUAUGGUGGUGUGAUCUGCUUCUUCGUUCUGACAUAGAAAUCGGAGGUUACCUGCAUCUGCAGACAAAGUCGUUAUCUCAUGGAUUAGAGCUGUGGACAGUUUCCUGUGGUGGUUUAGCUUGUAGCUCUUUGUACAUGUCUGGUUAAGUAAAUUGGAGAUGGGGGAGCCUGGCAAGAUUUUGGCUUCCCUCCCUGGAU